AUGGUAUCUUGCUUUGGGAAAAGAAGGAUAAGUCCUAAUAAAUCAUCACUUUCUGAAAUUAAUGUGUAUCCACCGCCAAUUAAAAUUCAGAAAUCACUGGUGAUUCCAGGAUUUAUUAGAGAAGGAAGGCAAUUAUCGAGAACAUUGAGUUUAUACUUAGAUGUUGAAGAUUCUAUUUCAGCUUCAAACUCUGAAUCUUCUUUAGAAAACAGACUUGAAAAGUCUUCAACAAAAAAUGAUUUGUUAAAAGAAGAUUUAUCUUUUAAAAACUACUAUCAAUAUUUGGAUCUUGAUUAUGACAACCACCAGAAUCCUGAUCCUUAUACAGAUCGAAACCUAGAUCCCGAGAAUGAAUUUGAUUCAGCUCUCAAAUACAAAAAAUCAAAUUCAAAUAAUUAUAACAAAAAUCCCAGAAAUGAAACUGUUCAGGCCUUUAAUCGUAAGUCAGCUAUUGCAAAAGCUGGUAAUAACAUAAUUGUUAAUCCAGUAAAUAUUAAGCCUAGAGAAAUAAAAAAGGUGAAUAAUAACCAAAAUAAAGUUGAUUUAUCUGAUAAUUUGAUUAAAUCCACCAAUUCUUUUAAAGAGAGUAAGGAAGAUGCAACAUCUUCUGAUUAUAACUUCAAAGAUCUUUAUUUUAAUGAUUAUAGUGCAUCUAAUGAUUAUAUUGAGAAAUAUGUAACUGGAAAAAAGAAUAUGGGGGGUUUAGAUAAUGAUUUAAAAGAUAAGAACAUUUAUUCAGUAAUUAAUGAGCCAGUUUCUGCUAAUAAAGGUAAACUCAUUUCAAAUAAACAUACUCCUAUAACCCAAACUAAAAAUAACAACCUUCCAGGAGGCAGAAAAAGGCUAUUUUCGGCUCCAAAUGAACCAAUUAUUCACACAGAGCAAUCCCUAAAUGAGAGGUUAGAGAAUAAACAGGUAACUAAAAAAACCGAAAAUAGACAUAGAUCACCAUCUCUGAGAAUUCUAGCACAAAGUGUGAUUAAUCUAAUGAAAAAAAGAGGAAGUAAAGGACUUGACGAAGGAAAAGAAGUCAAGUCAGUUAAUGAAAUGCUUAAGAAUAUGGAAAUUCAAAGUUCAGAUUCAUCUGAGGCUACUUUAUCUAGAUCACCAAAUUCCACAGUUGGUUCCAAUUCUCCUUCCGUAAUCUAUCAAGAAUUUAACUCUGCUAGUGAAUUAAUUCAAAAGUUGGGUAGUGACUCCAAAAAACAAGUUUCAUUUGAAAUGGAUCUUAAAAAAUCAGACAAAAAGAGAUCAUCUAAAGUUUCAAAAAAAUUCUCAAAUCUAUUUGGAAGAAAAGAACCUUCAAAAUCCAAAUCAAAAAUUGAAUUUACUAAAAAGUUAUCAGAUUCCAAGAGAGACUACCCUAAUAAUGAUAAUGAUGUUGGCAAUUAUAAUAGUAAUACUAAAAAUAAUAUUAUUUUCUCGGAAGAUGGAAUUUCUAAUACAAAUCAUGGAGAAUUUAAACAAAUUGAGGAAUUCAGUGUUCCAAUUAAUUUAAUAAAAUCUGGAUCCAGUGAAACUCUUGAUUCCAACUUUUCAUUAGACCAAAGAGUUGCAAGAACUUAUGAUAUGCAAAUUCUUACAUACGAUCAAACUCCUAUACCAAUUCCAAAUCUUCCCAGAGGAAGAAAGCUUCAAUCUCUAGAAAAUCUCGAGAAUUGCUAUCUUAUUGUUAGCCCAAAUAUACCAAAUAUACUUUCAUCAUGUUAUUGCAGGUAA